UCCGCUCCCUGCCUCCUCGCCGACUCGCCGCUGCCCGCGCCAGGCAUGGCCCCCAGCACCGUGGCCGUGGAGCUGCUCAGCCCCAAAGAGAAGAACCGACUGCGGAAGCCGGUGGUGGAGAAGAUGCGCCGCGACCGCAUCAACAGCAGUAUCGAGCAGCUGAAGCUGCUGCUGGAGCAGGAAUUCGCGCGCCACCAGCCCAACUCCAAGCUGGAGAAGGCCGACAUCCUGGAGAUGGCCGUCAGCUACCUGAAACACAGCAAAGCCUUCGCCGCCGCCGCCGGCCCCAAGAGCCUGCACCAGGACUACAGCGAGGGCUACUCGUGGUGCCUGCAGGAGGCCGUGCAGUUCCUGACGCUGCACGCGGCCAGCGACACGCAGAUGAAGCUGCUCUACCACUUCCAGCGACCCCCGGCCGCGCCCGCCACGCCCGCCAAGGAGCCCAAGGCGCCCGGCACCGCGCCCGCGCCCACCCCGGCCAAGGCCGCCGCCGCCGCCGCCGCGCGCCAGCCCGCCUGCGGCCUCUGGCGGCCGUGGUGACCGGCGGGACCGGCGGGCAGCCUCCCUGACCCAAGGACCAGAGGGCCAGCGCGGGCCUCCGGCGGAGGGAAGGGCCUUCCCCUCGUCUGUGCCGCCCCUGGCUUGCACCAGCCCCUCUCCAGGGGCUCUCUCUCCAGGCUGGCGGGCCAGCGGGAGGGUCAUUCUCAGAGAAUGUGUGCGCAGAGUCCUUGUCACUUAGGACAAUCAGGGCCCAUCUUCUGCCAAAUGUCCGACCCCAUGGGGUUGCUCUGUGUUUGCAUUUCAGCAAGUGACUUCUGGGAAGUCCCCGCUGCUGCGGGGGUUCUAUGAUAUUUGUAGGCGGCGGGGCUCGGCCAGCCAGCGCCCCGCGAGUAGAGGGCUUGCUUCAGAUCCGGUGCUGCCGGGCCAGCGGGCCGGCCGUGCCAUGGGCACAUUUGCCUUUUGUAAAGGCGGAGCUCAAGGUGUAUCCUCAUAGGAAAGAGAGUCAGCCUGGAUGGGUGCGGAAGGACCAGGCAGGGCCAUGGCUGAGGGGCCCCUGCGUCGGCUUGGUCAUCUGGUUCGGGGCUCACAGUGGGCUGUGUGUGGGGGGGGAGGGUCCUCCACAUGAUCCUUAAAGGAUUCCCGUGUGGGUGGGUGUGCGUGGGCACGACUCUGUACUCAGAAUUUGAACUCUCGGUCACGUGGGAGCCACGGGACUGCUCUUCGAGACUCUUCUAAUAAAAUCUGACUACUCAGCCCCCUC